GCUAUAACUUAUAUUAGAGCUAUGCAACCACAACAUGUUUAUUUAGCUAUUAAAUGUUGGGAUACAUAUUUCAAAACUGCUUCUAAUAGAGAGAAACUUUUUUUAUGCAGAUUAAUGAUAAAAUUGAAUGCUAAAUUCCCAGACUGGAAAGUUAUUGAGUGGGACACAUUAUUAAAUUUUUUGACUCAAGAAAAUAUUGAGGCAGAAGAAGUGUCUACAACAGAUAUAUUGGAAAGUUAUGUUAGACCAGACAGCAUAUUGGUGGUUGGAUUAAAGCGAAUCCAAGCAGAAGACUCUGGCUCAACUCCGGGACAGAGAGCUGCUGAAGAGGAAAAUUUAAAG